AUGAGUCUAAUAUUGAAUGAUCAAAAAUCGGAACACCGUAAUGUAAGGGCUUCCUCCAUUCACAGUAACAGAUCCUCCAGGAAAAAAAAGAAUAAUAGGAAGAAAAAAGCUAAACAGUGGACUUACUACAUUGAAGCUCUGAAAAGUGCAAUUGACUGUUUAUAUGAAAUAUGUCGGAGAGAGCAAAGUGUCUCAGCUUGCAAGGAAUCCUUAAUUUACAUACAAAAUGCGGAAAAGGACUUUUUAUCACUUAUUACGGCUAUCAACCUAGAAUUAUCGUUUAAUGAAUUAGACAAACCCCAAGCAGUUGCCUGGGAAGUUCGGAAGUCCAUAAGUUCUUCUAACCAAAUUCUCAAUCAUGAAGGAGCGCCAGCUUUAAUCGAUGUAUUACCAAUGUCUCCCAUGAUCAUCAAUGAUAUAACAUUAACUUCCAAAAAAGACGGAUGGAAUCCCGAUAAUCAUUUGGAUGAAGGAUGGCAAUUGGUUCGAGGUAGGAGAAGAAAAAGUGCCAGUUCUACAGGCACUAGUGAGGCCUUCGACAAUGAAAGUCGUUGUAGUGUGGAUGAAAACAUAGAGAAAAAGCCUCAAUCCGUUUACGAACGGCUCUCUGCGAAUAUAAGCUCAUGUCGGAAGCAUCCAAGUUCGUCUCGUCCAAACACAGCAAUGGCAAGAUCAUCUUCAACAAGAUCAACGGCUGCUCGAUUAACUUGUCCUAAGAGUGCUAUGGAUCUCCCUCAAACAAAGGCUUCAAUGGCUAAGAUGGCAUACUGUCGUCAGAGAAUAUGGGAAAAAGAUGUGCAACCCUCACUAGCAGAGAAACUUAAAGCUCAUCAGAAAAAAGAAAGAUUGCAAAGAGAAACACUACCCACGAAAUGCGGGUUAAACUUUGUUGACCCUUUUGCUGUUCGAGCUCAAACUAAAGAGUUUAAUGAACAAAAAAAACAGAUGAGACAGAAAUCAGCUUACUCCGAAGGUCAUCGUCGAUCGUUACAAUCUAUAUGUGAGAAUGUAGAAGGAGAAGAUCAGGAUGCAGUGCCAUCAGACCCGAAGCCGACUGCAGUACAGGCAUCUAAAUCGGAUUCUCCGAGAUUGGAUCGUGCUGUCUCUAGCUUCACAUUAAAUAUGGAAGAUGAUUCGGAAUGGGGUAAAAUGACGGAAGAAGAAGAGUCCCUCGCUAUGGAAGAACAAAGUUUGAAUUUAGAAAUUGAGAAGGCAGAGUCAGAAUUGGAGUCGAUUGAUGCUGAACUAGCUCGACAAGUUGAGGAUGAAGCAGAACAAUGUCGGAAGGCGAAUGAAGACGCAAUGAUUUUCUUUCCAACUGGCAAGGGACAAUACUCCCAGAUGGUUAAGAAGCUAGAAGAGGAUUUCAAAAACUUCUGUCAUGAAUCAUGGAGUGAACUAGUUGAGAGAGAGUUCUCAGGACACUAUAGAGAACCAGGAACAGCUGCCGAACGGCAUGAAAAACUUUGCUCACCUAGUCGGAGAAGGUGUGAUAAGGAUGAUAACGAUCUCACGCAGAAACAUAACGAGAAACAACGGAGAGCUGACGAAGUUAGAGAAAAGAUGCAAUGUGAAAAGAAACUGAAACUGAAAGAGUUGGCUUGGAAGCGGGAAGAAGUGCGUAUGAAGAGAAUUGAUCUCACGGAAAGGAAGAGGGCUCAUCUCCAGAUCCGAAUGGAAAGGGCUCAAGAAAACAGAGAGAAAACAUUAUCUCAAAUAGUAAAAAAAGCAAAAGGGGACGAGCAAAAAGUGUUGGAAGCUCAAUUCAUUCAUAAUAUUCAAGAAGAGAAUAAGAGAUUUGAUUUGAUGAUACGCGAUGCUGGGAUAGAGGAACGAAAACAGUCUAUGGCAGACUUACGAGCCAAGAAAAUAGAAGAGAAAGUAGCUAAAGAACAAGCAGCAGAAGAACGUCGGAAAAAAGCAGAACAGGAAAGAGUUACACGAUUGCAAGAAUUGAAUGAAAGGAAGGAAGCUCGCCAUCAACGUGUAACUAAUGAACGUAACCUUGCGGAAAAAGAGAGAAAAGAUAAGAGGCGAUUGAGAGAACAGCAAGGAAAGGAAGCUAAAGCUCUUGCUCUCAAAAAUAACUUAUGCACUAGUUGGAUGAAUUUAGUCGAAUCCGAAAAAUGGUUCGAGUUAUUCAAUUGUGCUAAAGUCUACAAAUGCCGUUUAUGUAACGCAGAGGGAUUGUCAAACAUCGAUUCUUUCCUACAUGUUCUCAAUGAUAAGUGCGGACCCAGCAUCAUUAGGACUGAUACUGUACUUACCACAUCCGCGAUUGGUCAACAUCUUGAUGCUGCUCUACAGUUGAUUCAAGAACACAAGAACAGCGUUACCAACACUGAGAUCAAUUUAAAUUUACUGGAUUCAAACUCAAAAGUUCUUCAGUCGUCGCUCGUUAUAAAUAUAACUGGAGUAGUAUCGUCAAAGACUAUGAAAGAUUUUAUCAAUUUAAUAACAAAACCUACUAGUCGUCGUACGGAAGAUACUACGACUAAGUCGAUUGAACGUGCUUUGGCUGAAAUACUUCCAAACGCUGCAAACAAGGAUAAUGCUCAAGAGUUCGGUCUCCUACUUCAGUUCAAUGUUGAUGAUCUCCUCAAUUAUAUAGUUUCAUGGAGCAUCAACCUUCGGGUAUUAACUAAGGUGACCACCUUGAUUGUGAGACUAAUGGAGUCAGAAGCUUUUGCUUUGAGAAGCUUCUGUAGCGAUAGAUUGAAUGACAUGUGUCGCCUUAUCUCAUCUAUAAAAGAGACGCCACCACAGAACCUUCAAUUGUGCUCAAUGCUCAAGAUUAUAUCAGCGUGUUUUGAAAAGCUGAAUAAAAUUGAUUUGAAAACUUUCUGUCUGGAAGAGCAUUCAGUAGUGGAACGUUGCAACUUCAUCCGCAGUGCUUUAUCAAAUUUCUGUCAAAAUCUCAAGACUUGUUGGACUAAAAGCAAUCUGUAUGAUCGUUCUUACAUAGAAUGUCUAGACGCACUGGCCUUUUCUACUUUGAGCGAUUUACACAGUAAAAUGGGAAAGAACAGGCUUCCUUCUGAUUUCUAUGAUUUGCUCAUUGAGACUGCGCUACGGAAAGUUAAGUUGUGGGAAAGUCACUGUGAGAAAGGAACCGAGUUGAAAACCAGAGAAGAAACACAGUUCUUCAUAUCCAUUCUAGGAAAGACAUUCAUGAAUGAGAAAGCUCGCGAGGAACUUCUACAAGAUUCUGGUAGACUAAUCAAGCUGUUCUGUAUUCUGUUUUCUUUAAUACGUUAUUCAUUUUCUAAGUCUGAAACACAACUUACGUUCCAAUUGGAUGAAUAUAACUUCAGAACGUUUAACAUAGUUCAACAAUUUGCUUCAUAUAGCUGGUCAAAUCAGCUCCUUUGCCAAUUAGAAUGGCGAAAAACUUCAAUACUUGCAUUGCUUGGCAGUGUUUCUGUGCAAUAUAUAGCAGAGCCGAAGCAUAGCCGCAUAACUAUGCCUGCUUAUAUAGCGAUGACUAAGUCAUCUUUUAGUGCAACUAAGCUUUUUUCCAAAACAAUCUCAUUGGAAUACAUUAUAAGUUAUCUCAAAGAUCUCAUUAGUGGAACAGAGGAACAACUUCUUCUAUCAAAUUACGAAAAUUGCCUUUCUUUUUAUACAAAUAUGACUAAGAAGUUAUCGAUCACGGGUUAG